AUGGAAGAGGUAAAUCCCGUAAAAAGAAACAUAGAAGAAUCUGUGGAUCCAUCUAAAAAAUUGAAGCUUGAUCAGCAAAUUAGAGCUACAAAAGUUGUUCAGGAAAAUGAAGUUGGUAUUACGCAAUUCAUUAACGAAGCUAAUAGAACCGGUGGCGGCUUUUUUGGUACCAUUAAGCAAAGGUAUUCUGAUUUCCUUGUUAAUGAAAUUGACCUUAAUGGUGAAGUAGUACGUUUGCUAGAUGAAGGUGUCAAUCUUGGAAAGACAAGAAAAGAAAAGAAGUUUGAAAAAAGACAAAUUGAGAGAGCUGACUUACAAAACAAGACACCUGAAGAAAUUGAACAAAUUAAGGAAGCCAAAAAAUCUGAGGAAGAAGCUAAGAAAACUGAAGACGAUUCUCAACAAAAGUAUGAGUUAUCCGAGCAAAAUCGUGCAGCAUUAUUAGAGUUGAUUACGGUUGAUGAAUUAAAGCAAAUUGAGGAGUUGUUCACGACUGGUAAUAAUAUGGAGACCAAAACAAGUUUCCCAGAAAAACAAACCCGUGGAAAAUUGCAUCAAUUACUUCGUGAAGCAUUUCAAAGUAAAUUGGAAAGUGUCACUUCAGCCGAGAAUACCUUUAGAAUCGCUUUGGCUAAGAAUUCAAAGAAUCCAAGAAGAAAGAACCCUCAAGAAAGUAUUAAUCAUGUUGAUGAAAAUGGUGUCGUAAAUUAUGGUUUGGGUCCAUUUAAAUAUUACUUACACUUCACUGUUUACAAAGAAAAUAGAGAGACUAUGGAAGUGGCAUCUACUAUUUCUAAAUUCUUGCGUAUUCCUUCGAAGAGUAUCAGAUACGCUGGUACUAAAGAUAGAAGAGGAAUUACUUGCCAGAGAUUUUGCAUUCAUCGUGGUAAAGUUGCUAGAGUCAGCUCCUUGAAUAAGGGUUUAAAAAAUGCUGUCUUAGGAGGUUUUGCUUAUGAAGACAGAUCGUUGGGAUUGGGUGAUUUAAAUGGUAAUGAAUUCGUAAUCACAAUCAGAGACAUAAAAUCAUUUAAUGCAGCAGAAAAUGUUGAAGAUGUGGUUUCAAAGUGUUUCACUUCGUUAAGAGAUAAGGGUUACAUCAAUUAUUACGGUAUGCAAAGAUUUGGGACGUUUUCGAUAUCUACGCAUGUUCUCGGUAUUUAUAUUUUGAAAGAAGACUGGAAAGGAGCUGCAGAAUUGAUUCUAUCUGAGCAAGAGAUUGUAGCUCCAGAUUCGAUUGAAGCAAGACGUAUCUGGGCAGAAACUUCUAAUCCCACUUUAGCGCUCAAAAAGAUGCCUCGUCGUUGUACUGCUGAACAUGCCAUUUUGAGUACGUUAGACAAAGAAUCUUAUGACGAAGAAGACAAUUUCAGCAAGCAAUCUUACUUCAAAAGUAUCAUGUCUAUCCCAAGAAAUUUGAGAAUUAUGUAUGCCCAUGCAUACCAAUCAUACAUUUGGAAUUUAGUGGUUUCCAAAAGAUUUGAGUUAUUUGGUUUAGAAGUGCAAGAAGGGGAUUUAGUUCUUGUUGAUAAGCAAGCCAAGACCGAAACUAACUUAGAGGAUGAUGAUGAAUUUGAAGAAGACGUAGUAACGGACAAGUACAUUAGGGCCAGACCUUUAACUAAAGAAGAUGUGGAAAGUGGUAAAUACACAAUUUACGACAUCGUCUUACCAACACCAGGUUUCGAUAUCAUUUACCCUGCCAAUAAGCAAUUAGAACAGGUCUAUGUCGAUGCUAUGGCUAAAGAUGGUUUAGACCCUCACAACAUGGCUAGAAGAGUAAGAGAGUUUUCAUUGGCCGGUUCGUACAGGCCGAUCAUGGGUAAACCAACCAAUUUAUCAUAUGAUAUUGUCAACUACUCUGAUUCAACUGAAUCAUUAGUUAGAACUGAUUUAGAGAUUUUACGUUUAAAGAAAGAAGCCGAGUCAAAGGGCGAACCUAUCCCAGAAAUCAGCAGAGUCAUUGAAUCUAAUAGUGCAGACGCAGAUAAAAAAGCAGUCGUCUUAAGAAUGCAAUUGGGUGUAAGUUCUUAUGCUACGAUGGCUUUAAGAGAAUUUAUGAAGGCUGACACCUCCCGUUUGAGUGAAAACCUUAAUGUUGUAGAGUAA